AGAAUAAAUAAAAAUAUGGCGGAGAAAUAAACCAACCCUGUGAAACGCAAUGUUUUAAUCAGCUGUAGGAAUAAAACUCAGGUUUGCGAUGAGCUCUAUGAUUGGAAGAUCUAUUCUCCUUCUAUUUUUCUCUCCUAUUUCGACAUCUACUUUUAUGGCUAUGUUAGACCCUGAGAACCCUGUAGAUCGAACCCCGAGGUUUACAAGUGUUCUCUCCAACGUGUCAGCUCCGACUGAACGGGAUGUCAUGUUUACAUGCAAUGUGGUCAAUCUUGGAACUUUUAAUGUUGGAUGGGUUGAAGCAGACACUAAAGCUAUUCAAGCUAUUGGAGACCAGUUGAUAACUCACAACCCUCGAGUAUCUGUGUCCGGGGAUAUGAAGACGACAUUUAACCUUCAUAUCAGCUCAAUAUCAAGGGAGGAUGCAGGACAGUACAUGUGUCAGAUAAACACGGAUCCCAUGUUGUUCCAAUCUGCGUGGUUACAUGUUCAAGUUCCUCCGGAUAUAGAUAUGAGUAGAACUUCCGGAGAUCUGGUUACCAGGGAGCAUGAUGAUACAGCUCGGUUUACAUGUCGAGCUCAGGGUAUACCUACACCAGAGAUCAGAUGGAAGAGAGAGGGAGGAUUAAGGAUUAGAACCAGGAAGGAUGGAACCCAGAGGAUGGUGGACGAGGUAGAGGGAUACUCCCUAGAGAUACACAGGGUUCGAAGAGAAGACAUGGGAGCAUAUCUCUGUAUAGCCAGCAAUGAUGUUCCUCCAGCUGUUAGUAAACGAAUAUAUCUUCAUGUACAAUUUCCCCCUUCAAUACUGCCUGGUCUAAGCUUGAUGGGGAGCUCAACUGGACGUGAUGUAACCCUGGAGUGUAUAGUUGAAUCUUAUCCAGCUGCUUUUAUAGUUUGGAGUAUAGAAGAAAAGAUCCUGCACGGUGAGGAAGCUGACUAUUCUGUACAUGAACGAGGUUUAACUAUGUACAGACUUUCAUCUAAACUUAUUAUACAUAACUACAGUGACAGACAUUCAGGGACUUAUAGGUGCCAAGGAACGAAUUCUCUAGGAUCUGCAGACUCCACUAUUAGGGUUUACACUACAGAAAGACGUGAACCCAAAUACGAAAUAGUUCUAGAAAAAGAAUUCACCCCGGAUAUAAUUCAAGACAAUCAAUCCGAACAGUUCCUCCUUCCGGAGUGGAAAUCCUUCUCCGAUCCAACCCAGAACCCGGAGAAGGUUAAACCUGUUGAUAAGACGAGAACUAAUAUGAACCAGAGAAGUCAACCCAGUCACAGUCUUUUCUCAUCCCAACCAUCUUCUUCCGCUUCUAAUUCUUUCUUUUUACUUUUCAUCGUUAUACAUAUUAUGCAAUGAAAUAUAAUUGUUAUUUGUUACA